UAUACACUUGAUGUGAUGAUUUAGGUGAAAAUAGUAUGUGCAGUUAUCAAUUGGAUAAUUAUUUCAGCAUGAUAUAAUAUUGCCAAUGGCUGAGUCUGCAGGUCUGCCACCAGAGCUCCGCCCCACAUGCAGGAUGUUGCUGAGGGGCAAAGGAAGUGUUGAUCGCACUGCAUCUCUUCCAAAAUUGGAGAGCUUUGACAACUCCCAUGAUAGCUCCUUCAGUCGCACUUGCUCAGUUCGCCUCCCCGGGGACCGCAACUCUCGAGUGUUUCGACCUACUGACCUCACAACUGGGGAGCUGCUGGGCAAAGGUUUCUUUGGCCAGGCUUUCAAGGUGACUCACAAAGUAACUGGUGAGGUGUUUGUCCUCAAAGAACUCUAUCGUGUUGAUGAGGCUGCUCAAAAGGCCUUCCUAAAAGAGGUUGCGUUACUUCGUAGUGUUUCACACCCAAACGUGCUGCAAUUCUGUGGCAUCGUUUAUCAGAACGGCUCCCUACACUUGAUCACAGAACACAUAGCAGGCGGGACGCUACAGAGCAUCAUAAGAGAGAGCACUGAUGAGUCUCUGCCGUACAAGAGGCGAAUGGCGUUCACUCGCGAUAUCGCUGCUGGUAUGGACUACUUGCAUCUCAGAGGCAUCAUCCAUCGAGAUCUCAAUUCCCUCAACUGUCUUGUCCGAGCUAAUGACAGUGUAGUUGUCGCGGAUUUCGGACUAGCACGCAUACUGCGAGAGCGCAACUGGAGUGUAGAGCGCAAAAAAUUCGUUGCCAAGACAGGCGCAAUAAACGGUGGCAAGGGGGCCAGUCCCGGCCAAGGACUCAAGAAGGCGCGCAAGAAGCGCUACACGGUUGUGGGCAACCCAUACUGGAUGGCGCCUGAAAUGAUAACUGGCAACAAAUACGACGAGAAAGUCGAUAUUUUCAGUUUUGGGAUCAUCAUGUGUGAGUUAAUCAGUCGCGUGGACGCCGACCCCGACGUUAUGCCUCGCCUCCACAACUUCGGUCUGGACGUGUUCGAGUUCCGGGCGCAGCAUUGCUACGAGUGUCCCGAGGCGCUGUGGCGGAUAGCCUUCCUGUGCUGCUCCCUGGACCCCGACCAUCGACCCUCUUUCUCACAGAUCCUCCAGUGGCUCGAUGCUCUGGUGCUCGACGCCACCGUUGGACGCACCAAGUCUCAAAGUCUUCUGCAGGAAAUAGAGACUUUUGAAGAAGGCAUCCAGCUGGAGAGCAGCGGAAGCAGCAGCAGCCCCGAGUGCGGCGUGUCAUCCGAGGCGUCCACCCCUGACCCCGCCACCGCUCGUCCUAUGCUGCCCUUCCUCCGCACCAUCAGCGAGACCCUUCCAUGCAAGACUGCUCUCGCCAACGGCUCUUCUUCUGAUGUUAUUCCGCUUGCAGCUGAAGAGUCGCUAUCGUCUUCGAAUCAUAUUGGCUCCUCAGAAGUCAUUCCACCGCAGUCUGGAGAUUCAUCAUCUUCUCCGAAUCAUUUCAGCUUUUCUGAAGUCAUUCCACUGCAAUCUGGUGAUUCAUCAUCGUCUUUGAAUCAUAUUGGCUCCUCAGAAGACAUUCCACCUUUAAACAUAGAUUCGUCAUCGCAUUCACACCACAUUAGUUCGUCUGCAACUGACUCGUCAGGAAUGAUCAAUCCUCAAACUUUUCCAAUUAGCUUAGAAAAUUUGCCUCCGAAUAUUUGUUGCUCAGAAAUUACCUCACUAAAUUCGGAAGAUGAGAUAUCGGAUGCAAUUCGUGGGUGUUCGUUUGAAAAUUUCUCGCAACAUACAUCCAAUUCUAUACGAUUAGCAGAUGAGACCGAUAAUACAGCAUCAUUUCCAAAGAAGAGAAAUGAAAAUAAUUGUGACCACUCAAGUCCAAAGUCACUCAAAGAAACAAUGAAUGCUUCCAGAACUGCAAACAAGCCUUCUGAUAGUUUAUUGUGCAAUUCAGCGCAUUCUCAUGGAAAAAUAUUAGAAGAAAAUAAUCAAAUAGGCCAUGCAGUAUCAACAAUGUAUCAUGGACACGAUCUUGUAUUGGAUUCAUGUUCUCCUGUUCUCAUGAACAAAAUUACUCAGCACAAUCCCUUAAGAUGUUCACGCGGAGAAGACACUGGGGACGGUCAUCGUUUAUUUUGUUCUUCUACGGGAAAUCGCAGCAUUUCCGCCAUCACCAACCAACCCAGUGCUGAGUGCUCUAUAAAUUCAGUUAUUUCAAGUGACUUCUCACUGGCAGUUCCUAUAAAAAGCAAUACUGUUGACCACAGCGCUACUUGUGGCUCUGAAAUGUCACGAUGUCUUCCAUCAUCGUCGUGUAGAGUAAGUGAUGAUAGUCGGGAUGUUCCUCCACUUGAAAUAACAUCUCGUGAUUUUUCUCGGUCUUCUGAUUCAGACCAAUCCGCUACUUACUGUAUGCCGUGCCAGGAAUUUCCUUUCCUCUCGAAUGACUUACAUUCCAAUGAGAUAAAUGAAAGAUUGUCUAAGAAGGGAUACGGAGAGAUAGAUUGGUAUCAUAGUAAAGACAAUGUUAGUACAACUGCAAAUUCCUCUCCACGUCACUACAAGUCAGUGUAUAGUUAUCGUAGUAUUUUUAGUUCAAGUGAUAGCAUUAGAACUUCUUCAAGUAGUCUCAAAAAUCUUUCGUCGAUCUCAUCUCCAAACAAAAACUGUUGCCGUUUAGCUUUAAGCAACUUAAAUUUAGCGGACAGAUCAUUAGAGAUAGAUGAGUUGCCUUCAUACAAGCAGCAUCAUUUGACGUAUUUGAGUGAUGCUUCGAACAGAGCUGCAAGAGGCUUGCGAAGUCACCGUAGAGCUCAGCGUGCGUCCAGAACGCUGACUGAAAGUAAUUUGGAAGGGCUGUCUCUUUUUGCCUGCAAUCAACGCACGUGUGCUGCUGAAAACGAGUCCCGAGAAGCUUCUCUUCAUUCAACUGGUACAGAAUCUUUGAAUAUUUUGGCCGUUAAUAAACAAGCGAAUGAAAGUGAUUCGCCAGGAUUCAGUCGUUCUUUGCUUCACGACGCUCAGGAAUCUCAUAACAAGACUGAGAGAUGUCGAAACUCGUCUGAAAAUCAUUCUGUGGACGGCCGUCAGUCUCUGAAUGUUGGCAUUGCUUCUGUUUCUACUGGAUUGAGACUUGAUGAGGCUGUAAAAUGUCCUCAUAAGAAUGAAUCUUUUAGAAACAAUCAACAUAGCGCUAGUAAUAGUUCCUUCGUUAAGAGCUCUCAUUGUCUCCCCAGCGCCUGCAAAGAUCAAGUUCACAUAAAUGGUUGUGGAGUUUGCCAGGAUUUAGAACAACCUCCUUCUGAGUCCAAGGUCAUCUUACAGAAUCCUCAGUCAUCGGUCGGUGACGCCAGUGUUUGCAGACACUCGGCCAAACUAUUGUAUAACACUGCAAAAUUUCAGAAGCCAACUUCUCAUGCACAUUAUUAGCUACAAACAUGUUCAUGAUAACUCGUAUAAACCUUUACAUAAAUAAAAAUGUUCCGUAAUUCUUUUGGAUAACCUGAAUUUUGUCACUGUACUUAUUACUCUUUGCUGUGAUUCAUUUCAUGCAUCGCUCUCCUGAGGUAUCCCGGUGGAUAACAUAAAAGUCGCCAUUUAUGUAUUAAAAUUAUCUGUUUAUAAAACUGUUCUUAUUUAUCUGCUUCUGAUGAAUUUUUCGUGCAUUUCAAGUGGAUUUCAGCCGUUUUUGCUCAAUGUAUACAAAUUUUGAAAUGUUUCUUCAAAAUUUUCUUGCUAUUCAUAGUUUUCUGUAUUAAUGGCAGAGUUUUUAUUAAAUAUCCUUGACAUCUGAAUACCCGACCAACACCAGGAACCGGGGUACAAAUGUUACUAUCACAAUGAUAUUUUUUCGUCAUUUGCCA